AUGGUUUCAAAGGGCACAUUAUUUCUGUCGUGUCAUGCGUUGGUUUGGGCGGCCGCAGCGUUGGCACUGUGGUCGGUAAGCGUGAGCGCAGCGGCGCCGGCGCGGUACGAUACCGCCACCCCAUACUCACCGCCCUAUAGGAAAUAUAACUAUAUACCUAUACAUAAUGGCGACACACACCCAGAUAAUAUGUUUGACGAGCCUCAAGAGGAGUCUGUGCCUGCUAGCAAUUACAUGCCGCCGUCUGAGCUGAUUAUGGCAGGUCUGAGGACCCUACUCGAUGUAGUUAGGAAUAUCAAUAAGAGCCGAGCCAAUACUGGCGCAAGCGUUACCAAAAACUCAACAGUUGUUCCAUUUCAGAGACGGGGUUCAAAUAACAUAACCCUUGAAGAGAGUGGGCGAGGUUUUGAUGAUUAUUAUGACGAACAUGUCUAUAACAUUACAACUACGACUGCGAAACCUAUGAAGCAAGGGCGAUACACAGACCCCUGGGCCGGAUACUACGACUGGAUAAUCAACGAGGGAUCAUUCAAGUUCUGGAGCGCUUUCCAGUUAUUCACUGCGGCUCUUCUGUUGUAUGCCGCCUUUUCUGCCAUUUAUUACGCGAAGUUCAAUCCUAUAUUACCGGAUUAUAGCAUGGAAUACGAUGAUUACUUCCUUGAACGUACAGUUGGCAGAAAAGCAAGAAGUCUCGACACCUCAGAACUACCAUCAGGUCUUACAUGGAUUAACUCUAGAACAUUCCAAUUUAUUUUGGACGCGAUUUCAAAACAUUACAGCGAUGAAUAA